UUUUUUUUUUUUUUUUUUGGUUCUUUUUUUCGGAGCUGGGGACCGAACCCAGGGCCUUGCGCUUCCUAGGCAAGCGCUCUACCACUGAGCUAAAUCCCCAGCCCUAGACUAACCGUUCUUGUGAGGCUGUGAUGAGAAUCACCUUCUGGGAUGACCACUAUGUCACCUGUCAUACCCCAAACUGGUGCUACGUUAGUGUCUUUUGAGCAUGCAUAUAGAGACCCUAAGGCAGUUUUGCUGUGUGUUUAUGGUAGUCACACACCACUACACAUUAUGAUCAGAAGCUAAAUCAAACUGCAUUGGGUACCAGGGUAGUCUGUGACCAGAGACAAUGUCCUUCUGUAAAAUUGCUAUGGCAAUAUAAUAUCCUCCCAAAGCACCCAGAACUCAUCUAAUCAGAAAAUUCUGUGUGGAAAUAUAAUAUAUAUGUAUAUAUACAUAUAUGAGAUUCUCAUCGUGGGAAGCCUGCUUUGUGAUAAAGGCAUUUUAGAAUUUUAAUCUCAUAUGCAUUUGUUUUCCAUUAGUAAUGAACUUCACUCACCAUUAGCUUCCUCCUGUCCCAUGACUCAUUUGGAGAUGUUUGUUAACCAUCAGGGAUGCGGAAGGCCAUUAGAUUAAUGGGCACUAAGUGGCAGUGAUUCCCCUCACUUAGUGGCACAUAGAAAUUACUCUAGGAUAAUGAACGUGAUUCCUGUUCCCAAGCCCUGGAGAAUCUUAGUAGAGUGGGGUUAGGGAAUUUACCUUUAGAGUUCACCAGGUGAUAAUGUUGCACAAUAUUGUUUUAGAGACCGGGGUAAAUGCGAGACAGAAAGGUGGCUAUGGCUUGUGGUAAUUCAGGGUGGCCAUUUACCUGGUAGUAGACUUAAUGAUUGUAUUGCUUAGUGGAGCAAAUGAUGGACUGGAAACUGUCUGUCUGUCUCUCUCUCUCUCUGUCUCUGUCUGUCUGCCUGCCUGUCUGUCUCUCUCUGUCUCUCUCUCUCUCUCUCUCUCUGUGUGUGUGUGUGCGUGUGUGUGUGCAAGCAUGUGUGCACGUGUGUGGUGUGUGUAAGCGUGCACUAGUGUGUAUAGGCAUAUAAAGGCCAGAGAUUGCCGUUGGCUUUCUUCCUUAUCUGCUUUAUUUGUGAGAUAGAAUCUUUCAGUGAACUUAGAGCUGGUUCACCUAGACUGGCUGUGUCUCCCCAGUCAGGAGACUCUCUGUAGUCUCCGUAGUCUCUGGGGACUACAGAGGUAUGCUGUUACGAUGCCUGGCUUUUCGCAUGGACUCUGGGGACUGGGUCCUCAUGCUGUCUUGGUAAACAUUUUACCUGAACAAGCUUGAGAGUUGUUCUUGGUAUUUAUUUUGUGUGCAUCUGGGUGUGCCUGUGAGAAGGAUUGUGCACCAUGUGUGUGCAGUGCCUGCAGAGGCCAAAAGAGAGCAUCAUAUCCACUGGAACUAGAGGUCCAGACGGCCGUGAGCUGCUCACUGUGGAUCUUCACUUCCAAGCCAUUUCCCCAGCCCUCUGGAGUGUACUGUUUGAUGGAUCUGACAUACAUCGUUUAAACAGUUUCAUUAGACAACAAACUAGAAAACAAAGAUGAAGUCUAACAAAACUUUGAAAGGAUCAGCCUUCUAUGGGUAUAGAUAGCAUUAGUCCUUUUCUUUUCUAUGUCUGUUACUCCAUCGAAAGAUCAAAACAUCUUUCUGUUUUCAUGGCUGGCAGUUGUUGGCUUACUGCUCCAGGGCUCCACUGGGGUAUGUGGAGUGACAUAUACAAAUGCCACAGACAGAGGCACAGGAAACACAGCCAAGUGUGAGGGUCUCACUUAACAUAUCAAGGCAUAUUGAAGGUGAUAUUUCUGGGCAAGUAAAUGCCAGUAGGUUCUUUUUUUUUUUGGUUCUUUUUUUCGGAGCUGGGGACCGAACCCAGGGCCUUGCCAGUAGGUUCUUGUACAUUCAUUUCUAUCUCUUAGUAGCCCACAGGUUACUAAGGAUGGAUUUAUUUAUUUUUGUCUCUUUUUAUCCCUCUUUUGCCUCCUGUUUCUUGCCAAUAUCCUCUCUCCCUACAUGCCUACACACACACACACACACACACACACACACACACACACACACACACACAGUUAAGAGGCAGUUCAGUCUCAAUGCAAUUGUCUUUAAACUUUACCAGCCAUAGUAUUCGUGCCUACUACGCUAUAGCACCAUAUAUGAUGAGAUCCGAAAUAGGAAGUUUCUUAUAAUUAUGUUGACUCUACUUAUAGUGACUUCCUAUAUCUUCUCUUCUAUACUUCAGUCCAUUAAAAUAAAAUUAAAGUUGCUGAUCAUAAACCAAGAAUACCAGUCUUAGUAAAAACAAACAAACAAACAACAACAACCCCCCCCCCCCACAAACACAUUGCAUAGUGCCUUAGUGAGCUAUUACCAGAGGUUUGAGAAACACCGGGUUUUGGAGUGGCCUUUGGAGGCAGAAAGAUUCGGGUUGGAUCUUGAGCUUUGCUGCUUCUCUGAGGUCAGGCUAAGUAAGUGGCUUCCACUACAAGAUGGAGAUGCUCGGGUGGGGGGGCGGGGAGGGACUUGUUGGAAGGUCAAAUGAAGUUAUGCACGGGAAACACUGGGCUCCUCAUAAGCUCUGGAAUGGAUAUGGUAUUGGAAAUCAUGGUGGUUGUCAUGGCUCUUGCUCUCUCCACGUCUGUGUACUUGUGCAUGGAAGUUCUUACACACACAUCAGUCAGUGUGAGGAGUCUACCAUACCCUAUGAGACGUGAAUUGGGACCUGGGGAAGGUUCACUGCAUGCUAAGGAAGUACUAUUGAGUGUCCUUUAACUGUAUGCUAACCUCCCCUUCCCAUUUUCAGAGGAAGUGUCACGCCCUCUUUCCUGGACUUCCUCUCCUCUCAACCCCAUCCCACUCCCUUUUAAUACUUCUUUUUCACUUAUUUAACCCAUCUUUUGGGGUGGGCUUCCUUUUUAGCUCCUUCUACUCAUCUCUGAAGUGGAAAUAACGGUGUCUGAUGGUUAAGGCUGUUGUGUGUGUGACUGAAGGUUGGCGUUUGUUUCUCCGUGGUGGGUGACGCAGGAGCUUCGUCUGCGAUGCUGCCUGAGGCGGUUUCUCUGUCCUUGGCAGUGUCACAGCCCUGCUCUGACGCUCGUUUAUCUUACCCAGCUGUCCGUUGAACUCUCUUUGGCCAGACGUUUCCUCUGAUCCAAUCUGCUCUUCCUCUGUCAUAAACGCUAUCCCUUGGAAAUCCAAUUAAUAGUGAUUUAUGUAUUCCUUAUGAACUAGUUAACUUAGUCAGCAAUUAAGCACAGACUGCUCUCUGGUCUCCACCGCAUCAUUUUAUUAUGAUCAUUACAGAAUUAUUAGUUAGCAUUAUAUGAUCUAUGUCUCACAUCCUCAGCUGACUUAUGAGCUCCCCGAGGGAAGCAAUCACAGCCUACAUAUCUCCAAGCACUCCUACACCCUCUAUGGCAAUUAGCACAGGCAGGUCCGUGUAAUCCCAUGUGUUAAGAACUAUUUGCUGGGGGGGAACUGGGGACCCAGGCAGCGUGUCCAGUGGGCUGGGGACAUGGCUUUGUGAUAUGGUAAGUGACAAGAACACUCAGAAGCACUUGGCAAAAAUGAUGUUACUGCAGAAGAACCAGGACAUGGCAUGACCACUGCCAGCUUCGAGGACAGAGAUUCAAACCUCCAUCUGUCUGUGUAAUUUAGUUUGCAUUUUUCAUGGUGUCUGCCUUGUGUGCCUGUCUGCUACGACUCGUACUAUAGUGAGCUGAUAAACUGUGUGUAGAACAUUCUGGAAGGUUCUCUCUCUCUCACUCUGUCUGUCUGUCUGUCUCUCUGUCUCUCUCUCUGUGAGUGUCUGUCUUUCUGUCUCUCUUUCUGUGUGUCUGCCUCUCUGCAUCUAUCCAUCUAUCUCCGUUUCACUCUCUGUCUCUCUCAACUCUCCUGCCUUGGCUUCCUGAGUGCUGGGGUUAUAGGAUGUCCCACCAUGUUUAGUCUAUGGUGGGAAUCUGUAAGUUUUUUUUCCCCAAGUUAAAAAAAAAUGACUUGAUUUCAUCUUUACUCUUGAAGGAAAUAUUGUCUGAGCAUAAAAAUCCACUAGGUAGUCAUUUUCCUUUAGUAUUUUUACUAUUUAGCACACACACACAUACAUGCAGCCACAGUGCAGUGUGGAGGUCAGAGGACAACUUGUAGGAGUUGGUUCCCUCUUUCCAUCGUGGUCUCGUGGGGACUGAACUUAAAUCACCUGACUGGCUGGCUUGGGUCUUUGUCUGCUAAACCAUGCUGGCCCAAGACUUCUCCUGAAGGUCUUCUGGUUUCUGUUGUUUCUGUGGAGCACUGACUUUGAGCUUAAAGGUCUGGGAUGCUUUGCUACUGGUUUUGUUUGUUCAAAGGGUACCAUGCCGGUGGAACGGAUGCGAAUGCGCCCGUGGCUGGAGGAGCAGAUAAAUUCAAAUACGAUACCAGGGCUAAAGUGGCUGAACAAGGAAAAGAAGAUUUUCCAGAUCCCCUGGAUGCAUGCAGCUAGACACGGUUGGGACGUAGAAAAGGAUGCUCCACUCUUUAGAAACUGGGCAAUCCAUACAGGAAAGCAUCAACCAGGAGUAGAUAAACCAGAUCCGAAAACAUGGAAAGCAAAUUUUCGAUGUGCCAUGAAUUCCUUGCCCGACAUUGAGGAAGUGAAGGACAGAAGCAUAAAGAAAGGAAACAACGCCUUCAGAGUCUACCGGAUGUUACCCUUAUCUGAGCGACCUUCCAAGAAAGGAAAGAAACCAAAGACAGAGAAAGAAGAGAGAGUUAAGCACAUCAAGCAAGAACCAGUUGAGUCAUCUUUGGGGCUUAGUAAUGGAGUAAGUGGCUUUUCUCCUGAGUAUGCGGUCCUGACUUCAGCUAUAAAAAAUGAAGUGGAUAGUACGGUGAACAUCAUAGUUGUAGGACAGUCCCAUCUGGACAGCAACAUUGAAGAUCAAGAGAUCGUCACUAACCCGCCAGACAUCUGCCAGGUUGUAGAAGUGACCACCGAGAGUGAUGACCAGCCAGUCAGCAUGAGCGAGCUCUACCCUCUACAGAUUUCUCCUGUGUCUUCCUAUGCAGAAAGCGAAACUACCGACAGUGUGCCCAGCGAUGAGGAGAACGCAGAGGGGAGACCACACUGGCGGAAGAGGAACAUCGAAGGCAAGCAGUACCUCAGCAACAUGGGGACACGUAACAACUGUCUGCUGCCUAGCAUGGCGACCUUUGUCACUUCCAGCAAACCAGAUCUGCAGGUCACCAUCAAAGAGGAGAGCUGUCCAAUGCCUUACAACAGCUCCUGGCCGCCGUUUACAGACAUCUCCCUUCCUGCCCCAGUGACCCCCACGCCCAGCAGCAGUCGGCCGGACCGGGAGGCCCGGGCCAGUGUCAUCAAGAAGACAUCUGAUAUCACCCAGGCCCGUGUCAAGAGCUGCUAAGCCUUUGGCUCUCCCUGGUGGUUGUUGGAAUUUCUUAGCUUUGUGUUGUUAUUUGUUUGUAUUUUAUUUUUUCUCUAUGAUACCUAUCUUAGACAAAUCUAAGGGAAAAAGCCUUGACAAUAGAAUAUUGAUUGCUGUGUCCGACUCCAGAGCUGGAGUUUCUUCUUAACUCAGGACUCCAGCCCCCCCUCGGUAGAUGCAUAUCUCUAGAAACUGCUGGAUCUGCCAGGGCUACUCCCUCAAGUUCAAGGACCAACAGCCACACAGGCAGUGGAGGUGCUGCAUUGCCUACGGUCAAGGCCAGCAUGGUGGAGUGGAUGCCUCAGAACGGAGGAGAAAAUGUGAACUAGCUGGAAUUUUUUUAUUCUUGUGAAUAUGUACAUAGGGCAGUACGAGCAACGUUGCAGUCUGCUUCUGCACCUUAUCUUGAAGCACUUACAGUAGGCCUUCUUGUAAUCUCGCUCCCCUUCACAGCACACUUGGCGGCCCCUUCUGUGUCCAUCACCCCACUACCCAGCCCUCCCUCCUCAACCCCUCCAUCCCAGCCCUCUGUGUACCCCUCCCUCCCCAACCAGUUUUAUACCACCCCUAUACUCAACCCUCUCUCCCCAACCCAUCCUGUCACAACCCACUACCCACCUUUUCCUUCCCAACCCCUUCUGUCCCACCCCACCACCUACCCCUUUCCUCCUCAACUCCUCCACCCUAACCCAUUAACUGCCUGUCCCUCCUCAACCCAGCCUACCCCAGCCCACCCUGUCCCUUCUCUCCAUUUCUUCUCCUCAAAGGCAAGGUUCUACAUCUUGGAGGAGGAAGAGGAGGAAGAAGAGGAGGAGGAGGAGGAAGAGGAGGAGGAGGAGGAAAUGAAUUUCUUCACAGCUGUCCCAUUUUAAGACUGCUUGAAUAAAAAAAAAUCUUUCUAAUCUGCUAUGCUUGAAUGCCACGCGGUACAAAGGAAAACUGUCAUGGAAAUAUUAUGCAAAUUCCCAGAUCUGAAGACGAAAAUACUCUAAUUCUAACCAGAGCAAGCUUUUUUAUUUUUUUAUACAAGGGGGAUAUUUUAUUCAAGGUAAAAAUUCUAAAUAAAAUAUAAUUGUUUUUUAUCUUUUCUACAGCAAAUUUAUAAUUUUGAGAUUCCUUUUCCUGUUUAUCAGCAGUUGUUAUUACAUCCUUGUGGCGCUUUUUUUUUUUUAAUUUUGUAAAGGUGAAAAAAAAACUUUUAUGAGCUCAUGUAGCAAUCAAAUUAUCCUGUGGAUUGAUAAUAAAUGAAUAUGGUAUAUAGUUAAAAAUUUUAA